CCAAGUGGGGAAGUGGGUGGAGUUGUUCCCCAGCCCACCAAACUCCAUCAUGUCCCCUUAUAAAUCACCAGCGAGCCUCCGGUCUCCUUUCAUCCGGAGGACUGGCUGCCCCUCAACAACAUGCCAGGCAAGCCCGCACCCAUUAAGAAGUCCCCCGCCAAGAUGGCAGCAGAAAAGGCAGCUGAGCCCGAGGCCGCUGCGGUGGAAGCUCCGUCCGCAGAAGCACCUGCUGAGACCACAGCCGCUGCCGAGCGCGGAGCAGCACCGCCCGCCACCUCUGUUGAGGACAGCCCGGAAGGAAGUGCUCGAGCUGCUGAACCACCUGCUGAAUGCGAGGCUGCGCCCACCGCCACAGAUGCUGCUGCUGCUGACGCUGCUCCAGCAGAAAGUGCUCCAGUUGAGGAGCCACCCAGAGUCCCAACACCUCCACCUCCUGCAGUUCCCACUAGUGCUCCACUGGAAGUGUCUGUAGAAGAUGUUAAUGACUCGAGCCUCACCAUCAAGUGGAAGACGCCGGAGGCCAUUGGACACUCUGACUUGGAUGGAUACACCAUUGAGUAUUGCAAGGAUGGAACAACAGACUGGUUAGUGGCAAACGAGGAGUUGACCCCAGCCAACCGCUACUGCAUCAAAGACCUGACUGCAGGUGAUAUGCUACUGGUGCGUGUGGUGGCUGUAAACCUCAGCGGCCGCAGUGAACCUGGCGUGCUCACCCAGGCUGUACCAGUCCGCGAAGUUGUCGCCCGCCCAAAGAUCAAAAUCCCUCGCAAUCUUCGCACCUGUUUUGUGAAACAAGUUGGAGAACAAAUAAAUCUGGUCAUCCCAUUCCUCGGAAAGCCCAAACCUGUUGUGUCCUGGCUGAAGGACGGUCAGCCUUUGGAUCCAAAGAGGGUAAACUUUAGGAAUAGUGACAAGGACAGCAUCCUAUUUAUCCGUGGUGCUCAGAGGGAGGACUCAGGCGUUUAUGAGAUGACUGUUAAGGUAGACAGCUUUGAAGACACCGCCACCAUCACCCUUCAGAUUGUUGAGUUGCCUUGUCCCCCUGCUGGUGUCAAGCUGGUGGACUGCUGGGGCUUCAACGCUGCACUGGAAUGGACAGCUCCGAAGGACAAUGGCAACACAGAGAUCACUGGGUACAUUGUCCAGAAGGCUGACAUGAAAACUGGGGACUGGUUUACCGUGCUGGAACACUACCACAGGCUAACAGCAACCAUCUCUGACCUCAUCAUGGGCAACUCGUAUUCCUUCAGAGUGUUUUCUGUCAACAAAGUGGGUGUCAGUGAAAAGAGCGCUAUAACCAAGGAUGUAGCUACGAUACAGAAGACAGGCAUUAACUACAAGCCACCAGAGUACCAGGAGCAUGAUUUUAGCGAGGCGCCCAAAUUCACCACGCAGCUCAAUGACAGGGCUGCUACAGUAGGAUACACCACCAAGCUGCUGUGCUCUGUUCGUGGUUGUCCUAAGUUGUUUGCUUGUUGGUGGCUACUGGUGAAGAUACUGCAUGACAGGCUUUAGUUACAACAACUCAACACUUGAAGACUAACUGAAGUGUUGUUUUGGAGCCUUCGGUGCUCAAACCUGCUGUUAAAGGUGGAGUAGAUGACAGAGAUGUUUGAAAAAGUGCUGUGGUUAAAUGAGCCUUCCUUCAUGAGAGGUGGGUCUGUCAAUGUGGGGCCAGCACUGAAAAGACUGUAAUCCUGAAUAUUUGACCUGCAGGGGAUCCAACGGCCCUGUUUGUGCCCCAGGAAGUAUUUAGCUGACAUGGUUUCGCUCAUCUCCUUGAAGAGAAGAGUUAGAUAUGGGAGGGAUAUUUUGAGAAGGGGUUCAUGCCUCUAGAGGAGUUCUACUGUAAGCUAAUUUCAUAUAUCUUACAACUAAGAAUCUAAAAAAGUGACUAAAUGUGUUUCCAUCAUUUAAGAGGCAUACAAGGGAAGAUGCAGUACCUUAACAGAUAACCUUCUAUUGAUCAUACUUACUAGAUCUGAUUAAUCUAAGUCAAACGAGCAUUACCUAAUGAAGCCUGCUCCAAUGAGAAGCGAAACGUCUUCUAAGAUAAACUGAACAGUCGAGUUGCCAUCGAUUAAAUGCCCAAAGAAUACAAUUACCUAGAUGAAUGAGAACAUCUAUAGACUUAAAUUCAGCAACAUUGGCAAACUGCUGCUACUUCUUCAUUAACACCAUUACGUCAAUUCCCUAAUGUCUCUAAAAUAAUGUGGUUAUGAAUAGACACCAAGAGCUAAAUGUGGCAAACAAUUCUGAAAAGCAUGAGCAGUGCUGUAAUUCAAUCAGCAGGGCCUCUUUUGCAUGAAGCCUAAUCAUAAGUUUCCUAUAGGAAAUGCACACUAAAAUCCAGAGUGGUACAUUCUUAGUGCUAUAACACUUUUAAAUUACUUUCCCUUUACUAGACAUUGACCUCAGCAAAGACUGAUGGGGCUCCUUGGGAGACAGGUUGAUGUUGGACCACAAGGAUAACAUCCUGACAGAGAAUUCAUAAAUGCACACUAAUCCCCUGGAUUUUCUUUCUCAGCCAAAGAUCGAGUGGCUUAAGAAUCAGAUGGUCAUUGGUGACGACCCCAAGUUUCGUCAAAUUUCCAACCAAGGCAUUUGCUCUCUGGAAAUCCGCAAGCCUUGCUGCUUUGAUGGAGGAGUUUACACAUG